AUGACCAAGAAAAGGAGAAACACUGGUCGUGCCAAAAAGGGCAGCGGCCACCUGCAUCCUAUUCUCUGCACGAACUGCGCCUGGUGCAUGCCCAAAGACAAGGCAAUUAAAAAGUUGUUAAUUCGAAAUAUAGUAGAGGCAGCUGCAGUCAGAAGCAUUUCCGAAGUGAGUGUCUUCGAUGCCUUUGUGAUUCCAAAGUUCUAUGUGAAACUGCUCUGCUGUGUGAGUUGUGCCAUUCACAGCAAGGUGGUGAGGAACUGUUCUCCUGAAGCCCAGAACGACCGAACACCUCCACCUAGACUUAGACCUACAGGCGCUGCCCCACGACCACCACCAAAUUCCGUGGAAGGAUUGGAUUCCUUAAAGGCUGAAGAAAAAACUCUUGAGUGUGAGCUAAUUGCCCUCAUUUUCUGGAUUUAG